GUGAUCACUACCCUGCAUAUAUAAUCUAUCAUAUCAACAGUGAAGUCUUAGGGGGAAACAUAUCAUAGAGUACUUUGAGGAAGAAAGAAAUGGCAUAAUAGUAAAGUUGAAUUUUGACUAUUUGAAGGAACUGUUAUCAUGAAGCUGGCUUGGACUUUAGUUUUGCUACAUAUCUUAACAUCAGCGUGGCUAUUUAGUGAUGCAAGAUCAGUCGCCUCAGUUCCACCAACUAAUGUCCAAGUUCUGUCUAACAGUAGUUGUUCCGAUAUCAAUGUGAAAUUACUUAGCCAGAGCUGUGACUUCAACAGUGGUUACUGCAGCUUCAGUCACCCGACGGAUUACCAUGACUUACGGUGGAGGAUAACAUCUUCAACAUAUUACGCAGAAGUACAUUCUCUUCAUGGAGGGUCAUAUAUCUACCCAUACAUGUUGGGUAGACAUGACGGCGCUAGUUCCUCUAUCAACACCACAACAAUCAAUAGCGGGACUGUGUGUAUCCAGUUCUGGUACGCCAUGUCAGCAUCUACCUCCAAUCUGGAAGUCCUGCUGGAUACCAACGGUCAGGACACAUCGCUAUGGAAACUGACUGGUCGUUAUGGAGAUGGUUGGAGGAAGGCGACAUUGGCUGUGUUCAGUCAAAGUCCAUUUAAGAUUCGAUUCAAAUCUGUAAGAAUCAACGUUCGCACAAAACUGGGAUUAGAUGAUGUAAAGAUUUGGAAAUUUCCUUUCAAUACGACAAUAUCAGCUAAAACGACGACACGAACGACAACACCGUCGCCAUGGACAACACGAACAACAACAACAUCGCCAUGGACAACACAAACGGCAUCAUCAACGAUAACACAAACGAGUACACCUUUGACAACAACAACACUUUCAUGGGCAUAUUCAACGACAACUAUACCAACAACACAGAAAACACCAAUGAAAACAUUGAAGACAAAACAUAGAAUUUCACAGAUCAAACCAUGGGAAAUGCUAACAAAAACAUCAACAACAAAGCAAACGAUUAUUCCUGCAACAAAACCUUUUGCAACAGCCAUGUCACCAUGGCCAGCCUCUACGAAAAUGCUAACGACCAAUCCAAGAUAUCCGUGGCUAUCAUCAACGAAACCACCAACACCAGCAAGGACAAUUUCAACGGCGAAACCGUUGACAACUCAAACGAUGAUUACAACAACUACACGAACCUAUCAAUGGACUACAGCAACACCACCAUGGAGAACAUCAACAACACCACCAUGGGGAACAUCAACGAAAACACCAUGGAGAACAUCAAGGACAACACCAUGGAGAACAACGACACCACCACCAUGGAGAACAUCAAGGACAACACCAUGGAGAACAACGACACCACCACCAUGGAGAACAUCAAGGACAACACCAUGGAGAACAACGACACCACCACCAUGGAGAACAUCAAGGACAACACCA